AUGGCUCCCAAGGUUGCUCGCGCUACUGAAGACAUUCAGUCUCCCAUCGACUUGAAAUCGGUUCCACCCUUUUGGAAGAGAAAAAAUGGCGUACUGCUGUACUUCCUCCUCACUUCCUCCUUGCUCGCCAGUAUGGCACUUGGCAUUGACGGGAGCAUGACCAACGCCCUUCAAACGCUCGAGAGUUGGCAGGAACGCUUCGGCCAUCCCACCGGUUCCAAACUUGGAUUCUUCGGCGCCUCCAACGCCAUCGGCGGUGUUAUCCCCUUCAUCUUCCUCAGCUGGAUCGGCGACGUUGCGGGUCGUCGUAUUCCAACAGCCCUCGGCUCGAUCGUGAUUAUCGCUGGAGUCAUCGUUCAGUUCUUUGCGACAUCGCUCAACAUGUUUAUCGGCGGCAAGAUCGUGCUCGGAAUUGGUUCAUCGCUUAUCCAGAUGGGUGCCCCAGUGCUGGUCACAGAGCUGUCCCAUCCCAAGGAGCGAGUUCAAAUCACGACAUUGUACAACACAAACAUCGUCUUGGGUUAUGUUAUCGGUGCGUGGGCGACUUAUGGAUGCUUCCGCAUUGAGAGCGAAUGGUCAUGGAAGCUUCCCACUCUUGUCCAGAUCAUUCCCUCGGCGUAUCAGCUUAGCCUGAUCUUUUUCUGCCCCGAGUCUCCUCGUUGGCUGAUCGCUAAGGGCAAGCUUGACAAGGCUCGCGAUAUCCUUAUCAAGUAUCACGGCGAAUGCGACCCUGAUAGCGAACUCGUCAAGUUCGAGUGCACCGAGAUUCAGCAGGCCAUCGCCAAGGAAGCCGAGCAGAACAUGACCUGGAAGGAUUUCUUCUCUUCUAUUCCCAACCUCAAGCGAAUCUCGCUCUGCUUCGCGACAGCUCUCUUCAGUCAGAGCUCUGGAAACUUGCUUGUGUCAAACUACCUGACUCAAAUCUUGAAGGACACAGGCAUCGAGGCCGAGAAAGACAUUACCCUUGUCAACGGAAUGGUCACGCUUUGGCAGUACAUCGUGGCCAUCUCCAUGGCUAUGCUGGUUGACCGGUUCAAGCGACGCACUUUCUUCCUCUUUGGCUCUGGUGGCGUUCUGGUCACCUUCAUCAUGUGGACCAUUGCCGCGAAGCAGUAUCUCGAUGGGUCUCUUGCAGGUGGUCGCGUUGUCCUGGCCUGCAUCUUCCUCUUCCAGGGCUUCUACUCCUCAGCCUGGACCAAUCUCGUGGUGACCUACCCUCUCGAGAUUGUCACAUACCAGAUGCGAGCCAAGACAUGGGCGUUCGUGCUGCUGACUAUCCAAGUCGCUUCCAUCUUUGGCGGAUAUGUCAAUCCUAUCGGACUCCAAGCUAUUGGAUGGAAGUUUUACAUCUACUACUGUGUUUGGGUCGCCAUCGUCUUCCUCGUUGUCUACUUCUUCUUUGUCGAGACUUCGGGACCUACGCUGGAGGAGCUCACGUACUUGUUUGAAGGGAAGGAUGCGAAGCAGGAUAUGGCCAAGGUGAUUGAGAUUAAGAAGGAGGAGCAAGAGUUCGGAAGGGAAAAGGAAGUCUGA